UUAAUUGGGCUUUCAUUUACUCUGAAACAAAUAAUUAAAUUUGUCGACAUUGAAAUUAGAUUAAGGAAAAAGAUAAAUAAAGAACUGGGCGGGCGGGUGGUAUUUGAAUUGAAAAUAGAAAUUAUGGGUGGAAAGAAUAACGAAGAAGAAGAAAGUAUGGAUUUUUAUCAAGUUUUGGGACUGGAAAAAGGAUGCUCUGAUGCAGACCUCAAGAAUGCUUACAAGAAGCUUGCUCUGAGAUGGCAUCCAGAUCGUUGGUCGGCAUUGGGGAAGAAUGUGGAGGCGGCAAAGAACAAGUUCCAAACAAUACAAGAAGCCUAUUCUGUACUUUCGAAUGCGAACAAAAGAUUUCUGUACGAUGUAGGAGUUUAUGACACUGAUGAUGAUGAUGAUGAAAAUGGGAUGGCUGACUUCUUGAACGAAAUGGCGGUGAUGAUGAGUCAAAACAAACCUCCUCCUGCUGCUGCUGCUGAAAAUGGAGAGGAGACUUUUGCGGAACUUAAGGAUUUGUUCGAGGAAAUGUUUCAAAGUGACAUCGAUUCGCUUAGUUCAUCUUCUCAAACAGGAAGCACGGCUUCUUAUUCGUCCUUGUUUUCUAGCUCCGGCGAAAGCUACUCGGCCUCCAACAAACGAGCUUCCUCAGAGAUGUCAUCUAACACCAAACCCACCCCUGGAGAACCAGAUCCUUUUCGAGGAUUUUGCAUAGGGACAGGCGGCGGGUUGUCCCCUGGAAGAGGAGGUAGCAGUAGGAAUGCUCGAAAGGGGUCUUCUUCCUCUUCGAGAAAGGGGCAUCGUUGAUUUUGGAUUUGGGAGUAAUUAAUCCCAGCUUAAUUAAUUAAUUGCUUGAAUGAAAUUGAAAGCUGGUUAAAGCUCAAAGGAGCAUCAUUUGGAACCAAACCUGGAUUUAGUUUUAGAUGUUCACCGAAUGUAUCAGCUAAUUGAACGGCUCCAAUCUUCGUUUUUUGUAAGGCACAAAACAAUAGCAAAAGAUGAGUCAAAUGUAUAUUUGUUGUUGAAAAAAAAUCUUCGAUAAUAAUAUUACAAAGAUUGUAUUA